GGAGCGGUAAAGUUCCCUUAUGCUAACAUAUCGAGGCUGAUGAACCCUGUCACCGAGAGGCAACUACGAGAACAACAAAAACGACUAUUGCAUACACUGCAGCUGAUCGGGGAGAAAAAACGGACAGUUCUACAAGGAACUCAUCAAGCGAACUCUAGAGAUAGCAAAAAUGAUGGGUAUCUAUCGAAUGCAUUAGGAUGGAUUUUACGUGGUGGUUCGGGCGGAAAAACGUCCGAGCGGGAAAUGCUGUAUGAAAUUGAAGCCUUGGAGUCUAUGAGUGUCGAGAUGCAUACCAAUUUGGAGAAGCUCAUUGAUGAGCGGGAAAGAAUGCUCUAUUCCGCGACAUGUAUCGGCCGCUUGAAAAACGUCUGGGGGUGGAUCAUGUCGGUGGUAUGUUCGUAUAAAAUAGUCACCUCCUCGCGUAACUUCGUAAACGGCAGUGUUACUGAGAGGAGCCUCAUAGAGCGUCUGUUGGCGGCCUCUAUUUUGUACACUCCUUUGGAAAUUGACGUCCAAUAUUGGUUACGGCUUCUCACUGUCCUCUUCAUCACGCAUCUGACCAUCAGCAAUACAAGGAACUGUAUCUCGCAGUUAUUGUCAAUAUUCAGACUGGUGCAACCGCACGCUGGUAUGGAGUCGUCACAGAAAGCCAAUGCUGCGAUAGCAAUAAUCAUGGCACAGAUGAUGUUGUUGUAUUUCUGUACGUGUACGUUGAUGAUGCGGAUGGCGUUGCCGUUGCAUAGCAAAGCCAGGGUAGAACUUGAGAGGUUCCUCGGUGACAAAGUUGACUUCACUUCGAUGCAGCUACGAUUUGAUUGCACAUUCGGUAUGGCAGCCUGCGUGUCUGCUGGUCUAUUGGCUUUACAGUGGUUUCUUCGGCGAGCGACUACGAAGAGUGUGCUUAAGACAGCUUGAUGCAUAUGAGAUGUUUAGUGAU